AUGGCUGACACAUACCUUUCUUUCCUGCGCUCACCAUCCGAGUCUGCACUUGCACCUGACGCUGCCCUCCACUACAUCACCACUACUACCUCAAUCCACGAGUCCGCCGCUAUUAUCAGACACUACCAAGCACAGGAGAAGGUCGUCAAGAAGAAGUCAGAACAUGUCUUGAGCUCACUUGGCAGCUCCGACGGUGCCGUCGUCGAGACUGACACAACCUUUGAGUUCAUCCGUGGCGGCGGUGCUAUCCUGCCUCAGAUGGAUGACAACAUGCUGGCCGACUCGGUCGCUUCUCUCCCCAUGAUCAGCCAGAUCAGACUCUACUGGGAUCAAGCCACGAUGCUCAGACAAGUCGACGCCAUUGGCAAGAGCGGUCGUAACUGGCCCAUCCGCGACGGCACCAACAUGGUCAAGACAAUCAAGAACAGCAUCAACAACGCCGGCUCGACUACCGCAUCGCUGCCCACUCGCCCUGUCUCGAACGACGUAAGCACAUCCACGCAGGCGCAAGCUGGUGGCCGCCAGACCGGUGACUUCCACGCUCGUCUGUUCGCCACUGGCGAGGGUCAGGAACCCCGUGCCCAGGCCAGCGCCAACCCUGAAUAUGCUGUUCGUACAUCGGCCAAGCCCGCUCCUCGUCAGAUGGAUGAAAUCUUCGCCAACGGUAGUUCUAACCAAGGUUACAAGCCCGAAGGAAAGCCCAAGGCCGGUUCUGGCAAGAACUUCCAUGACAACCGUCUCUUCGACGAGAACACGCAGCCCCAACCCAUUCUUUCCCCUGAAAGCAAGAAGAUUGAUCCCAAGAAGUUUGAUCACUUCGAGUUCCCCAACGGCGAGGGUAGUGCCUCCGCCUCCGACAUGUACAAAAACAUGUCUACCAAGAAUUCGAAACACUCUAGCAACUGGGACUUCCAAGACUUUACUACUCCUGAAAAGCACAAGCCUAGACCGAACCCUGAGCAGGAGCGUCACAUCGGUCCCGGUGUAGACGAGGACCAAAUCUCGCCCGAGAAGCGCCCCAUCGUUCACGCCGCUCGCCCAGACGCCAACGCUCACUUUGAGAUCUCAGACGACAGCCCUGCUGGUCCCAAGGCACCCUUCAGCAACCACACCAACGUCGACAAGUCUAGACGCGGCGACGAAUACCAACCUCACUUCAACCUCGGCCAGUCAGAUGCUCCCAAGAAGAUUUACAAGACUGCUGGAAACGGAAUGGGCGGUCGUGCUGGCGCCCCUACCCUUUGGGAUGAGCCUGAAGCACCCAGUCCUGAGAAAGCCAUUUACAAGACUUACGGUAACGGCAUGGGUGGACGCAGAGACGGUGGUCUCUCAUGGGAUAUUGGCGAUGAGGGUGACAGCUCGAGACAGCCCGCCAUCUACAAGACGCGAGGUGAUGGCAUGGGAGGUCGCCGCGACAAGAAUGCCACAACCGAGAACGACACUGUAUCUGGCGCAAAGGGAUACGCUUCCUCUGCACGCGCCCAGAACUACCAUUCUUCGCAAAGAGAUGACGAGUACGAGUUCUAG